CCCGCCCUCUGACGUCAGCACGAUCAGCUCUUCAGGUCACCCUGUCGCUCCACCAAGCCGGUAGAGGGACGCAGGAAGACGAACUGGAACAGACUGGGAUCAUAAAACCAUAGCAGUGUGUUCUCCUCGGUAUAAGCGCGACUUUGUUAGAGAAGUGAUAAAAAUAUGUUGGACUUCUGAAAACAAAAAAACAGAAAAAGAUGGCACAAAAAGACACGCUGCUGCAUCUCUUCGCCGGGGGGUGUAGUGGCACAGUGGGAGCCAUCGUGACCUGUCCUCUGGAGGUGUUGAAGACACGGCUGCAGUCCUCGGGCCUCACCCUCCGGCCUGUCUUCCAGGUUCAACUAGGCACCCUGAGUGGCACAGGGGUUAUCCGACCAGGGGGUGUUACACCUGGACUGCUGCAGGUCCUAAGAUCCAUUCUCGAAAAAGAGGGACCGAGAUCUCUUUUCCGUGGACUGGGUCCGAACCUUGUGGGUGUUGCCCCUUCAAGAGCCAUCUACUUUGCUGCAUACUCGAAAUCUAAAGAGCUGUUCAAUGGGCUGUUUGUCCCUAAUAGUGGAUUGGUACACAUGUCAUCUGCUGGUGUUGCAGCUUUUGUUACCAACUCUCUGAUGAACCCCAUCUGGAUGGUCAAGACCAGGAUGCAGCUGGAGAAAAAAGCCAGAGGAGAGAAGAAGAUGAAUGCACUGCAGUGUGCUCGAUAUGUUUACAAAACGGAGGGAGUCCGGGGCUUCUACCGUGGCCUGACUGCGUCCUACGCUGGCAUUUCGGAGACAAUGAUCUGCUUCCUCAUCUAUGAGACACUGAAGAAACACCUCGCCAAGAGGCAGUUCAGCUCGCCUAACGGUGAAAAGGAGAAAGGAGCGUCAGACUUCCUCAGCCUCAUGAUGGCAGCUGCUUUUUCAAAGGGUUGUGCAUCCUGCAUAGCCUACCCACACGAGGUCAUUCGGACAAGGCUGCGCGAGGAAGGCAGCAAAUACAAGUAUUUCUUCCAGACAGGGAGGUUAAUAGCAGUGGAAGAAGGCUAUGCAGCUUUUUAUAGAGGACUCAUUCCACAGCUAAUUAGGCAAAUCCCUAACACAGCCAUCGUCCUCUCCACAUAUGAACUCAUUGUCCAUCUGCUGGGAGACUCCAAGUAAAGACUUGUUUGAAAGUGGGGAUUUUCCUGACGAACUGUGGAUGUCACGCAGAACCCAAAGCACACUGGGCCUAUAGACUUUUGAAAAUGCAGCACAUAGUUUUUUUUGAUGUGGUGCUACAAAGACUCUCAAGAUGGAACUAAAGCAGGUUGUACUGUCGUCCAAAGAGCUAAACACAACAUUUUAUUGACAGAUUGUUAGCUUGUUAAAAAUACACAAGAAGUCAUGGUACUCAUUGAACCUCCAAACCUGUGGAAAAAGGUCAUCUUCUCUGAGGACUAACUUUAAGUUAAUUAAAUUAUUUUUGUUCUGUUAUCGUUUUUGGAUCGUGUUUGUUUCCUUGUAUCAGUGGAAAUUCUACCAGCAUGCACGAUUUGACAGGUUUGAAGGAAUAUCAUUGAGAAGCACUGAACAGUGCAGUUCUAGAUUAUUUUCGGUUCUUGUUAUACUUUGUCACGAUCUGCUGGAUUUAAAGUUUAAGUUAACAGAGAAAUUUAUCAUAUUUUUUCAUUAAUAUAUUACACAUACACAGACUUAUCUGUAUGUUUUCUUUUGUGGAAAAGAGAAAAUAGGCAACUUUUGCAAUAUAAUGAAAACUUGGAUGCUCAGUUGACCAGUGGCUCAAUAAAAUGCGUCAGUUGGUUGACAAAAUAAUUGUGUUGUAAAAAUCUGCCUUAUCUGUUAACGAGGAUAAAGCAUGAAGCAUGAGCAUUUCUCUGUGUAACGAUACAAAAAAUCCCCCAAACAAACUAGAUGGACCGAGCGAGGCACUGUAACGGAGUCUGAGCCGACUACGAGUAAACAUGAAAGUGUCGCUUUAUUUAGUCUACCCUGUGUGUGACCAUCUUGUGUUUUAUUGUCUACGUGUCUGAGUAAAGGGUGAUGUUGUGUAUGUGUUCAUCCAUAACAAUGGGCAAAAAAGCGUCACUAGCGUUGACUAAUCGGCCAGUGAGACUGUUCUGUGUGAUGAUAGAUCUAAGCAGUGGUUCUCAAACUGUGAUGGGGAACAAAUGUGAGCGGGUACACAGAGAACCUGGGGAGAAAUAAACAAGAGUUUGUUUUUA